UGCUCUGCGCGCGGCCCCGGAAGAGGCGGAGGCGGGCGAGGAGGCGGCGCCCGGGUGUCCUCCCCGCUGGCGCUGGAGCGGCUGCCGCCGGGCAGCCCCGAUCGCGGCCCCGCCGGGCUGGCCGCGGGCGGCACGAUGCUGCUCUUCGUGGAGCAGGUAACAUCGAAAGGUGCCGGCUUAAAUCCUAACGCCAAAGUGUGGCAAGAAGUACCCCAAGGGAGCGGAGAGGCUGUGCCACCCACAAAUGGCACAGAGCACUCGUGGCAGGACACGGCGGCUGCACCAGGGAGUCAUUCUGAGGGUAACAUAGAGAUCUCCGAGGAGAGCUGCAAGCAGUAUGAAGUGAUGUAUUCCCCUAGUUGUGAAGCCCCAAGAAAUGGCACAGGAGUUGAUGAAGCAUCUGCAAAUGGAAUUGUCCUGGCAGCUGAAGAUCUCGGAUACCAAAUCUAUGAAGUGUCUGGUGAAGGCAGCUCGGCUGUGACCACAGAAGACAUUAGAGAAUGCUUGAAAAAACAACUUGAAUUUUGCUUCUCACGUGAGAAUCUCUCAAAGGAUCUGUACUUGAUGUCUCAAAUGGACAGUGAUCAGUUUGUUCCAAUAUGGACAAUUGCCAACAUGGAAGGUAUUAAGAAGCUGACGACUGAUAUGGACCUUAUCCUUGAAGUUUUGAGAUCUUCUCCUAUGGUACAAGUGGAUGAGAGAGGGGAGAAAGUGAGACCAAACCACAAACGAUGUAUUAUCAUUCUCCGCGAGAUACCUGAAACAACACCUAUCGAGGAGGUUAAAGCUCUCUUCAAAAAUGAGAACUGCCCCAAAGUGAUCAGCUGUGAGUUUGCUCACAACAACAACUGGUACAUUACAUUCCAGUCGGAUACGGAUGCGCAACAGGCAUUUAAAUACUUAAGGGAAGAAGUGAAAACCUUUCAGGGCAAGCCAGUAAUGGCACGGAUAAAAGCCAUCAACACUUUUUUCGCUAAGAAUGGUUACCGGGUUGUGGAUUCCAGUGUCUACACGCAGCCGGUGCAGACCCAAGCACAGUUUGCCUCGCCGCUGUUCAUGCACCCUGUAUAUAGUCCUCAGCAGUACUCAAUUUACAGCAUCGUGCCUCAGACGUGGUCUCCAAAUCCCACACCUUACUUUGAAACGCCACUGGCCCCCUUCCCGAACGGUGGAUUUGUGAAUGGCUUUAACACAUCAGGAUCAUAUAAAACAAAUGCUGCUUCUUUAAGUAUAGGUCGUCCAUUCCACAGAAAUCGCAUGAAGCCUCACUUCCGCUCGUUGAGCAGCUUGGAGCGUGCUGCGGAGGGUCCAGCCUCCGUCAGCACCGUGCCGACGGGGGAAGGACCACUGAGCAGAACCAACUCAAGGAAUUUUGUGAUGGAGCGACACAGCACUCCGUUAACUGGGCACCAAGAGCAAGGUUAUUCCCAGAAGGAUUCUCCGGCCGCACAGAUGGAGCAGAAUGGAGAUUAUGGCAUUGGCAGGGGCAGGAAGAACAUUUUCCGAGGUCGGAGGAGGCGAGAAGAUGAGCGGGUUUCGAGACCUCAGCCUUCAGCGGAAACAAAGACUCAGACACCAAAGUUUGACUUGCUAGCAUCAAAUUUCCCACCUUUGCCUGGUAGCACAGCAAAAAUUGCUGGAGAGCCUGUGCUGGAGAGCCGGAUGUCCGAUAUCGUUAAAGGAGUCUGCAAAGAAAAGGAAAGCAAAGAUUUGCUGCCCAGCUGUCCGACUUCUGCUCAGGAAGAACCAACGCACAGCCCCAUCCAGCAGCUGGUGAUGUGUACAAGUUCGCCAAGCCGGACUGAAGCUGUUGUAUUGAGCACAGUGCAGCCAGACAGCAAACCAGAAGAAGUAACUGCUCAGAAAGAUGUUCCGAGCCACGCUUCCCCACCAGUGUCUGUCUCUCCCGUCAGUGCUGCGAAGCCACCAAGGACAAACACCACUUCACCUCCUGCUAAUGCGAGUGCGGCUUCUGCUUCAUCGAUGCAGGAGCCACGCAAGCUGAGUUAUGCAGAAGUUUGCCAGAAGCCCCCAAAGGAGCCUCCUCCAGUCCCCGUUCAGCCGCUUAGGGAACAUCGCACCAACAUAGUUCCCCCUGCCAAAACUGAAGAGAACGGCACACCAGAGAAGGUUUCGGAGAAGGUGCACGACAGGGCUGAAGGCCGAAUGAAGGAUUACUCUGGGUUCCGAGGCAACGGGCCUCCCAGGGGAGCUGCUGGGAAAAUCAGGGAACAGAGACGCCAGUUUGGACGCAGAUCGUCGCCUCAGGGAGCACCUCGACGUGUUGGCAAGGAGCAGUACGUGCCACCCCGGUCACCAAAGUAACACUUAUCCCGCCGGUUGUUCUCGAUUGAAUUGGAGCUGUGGACUAAUAAGCAGCAAAAGAGACUGAGAAAGAAGUAUUCAUGAAGGCGAAUACUGAACUGGAGCGUGGCUUGUGUGGAGGAGGGUCCCAAAAUUCAUCUCUGAAAGUGAUAAGUGAUUUCGCAAAUGCUGGAGGAUUCCAAUCACUAUAAAUAUAGAGAUUAUAAUUUUUGUAUUUUUGUUUCUAAUUUGCAGAGGGUUUCCUGCUUGAAAUCAGUUUUGGGGUUGUGAAAGUAGUGUUUUGACAAAGUGAAUGAAUAUGAAUUGACAAAUUAACCUGUCCUUGGGUGGAGGAGGAAAAGGAUAGGAGAAUAUUAUUUUUGGGGGAAAAAAAAAUGAGCAUUUCUGUACAUUUAGAACUUUUUUUAACCUAUUUAACAUUUGGAUUGGCAGGUGGGGUGUCUGCCCUUGCGUCGCAGCAUGCGUCUGAGAUGCCGGGUUGGCGUGCGAGUGGAGUGAGUGCAGCCGGAUACUGUUGUCACGGUGUAGUCGCUGAUGAGAAACCUGAAUGUACCGCUCUAGUGUUUCCAGCGUGGGGGACACCUCACGAUAGUCCCUUGACUUCACUAAUGAUGCAUUCAGCAAGCUUUUUAGAUGAUAAUAUUGACAGGAUACUGGAUUGUAGGUCAGAGCACAUGGACAGCAAAAAUUGUCUUCUAGACGCAUUUGGAAGGAGGCAUAAGGGGGGACGUCAGAAUCUUUAAUUUGCCCUUUGUCCUCACCUCCUUUUGAGGGCAACUUUUUAGGGUUGUUUUGGGUUUUUUUCAUGCUUUUAACUUUCUCUGAUCGCUUUAUUGCAGACUUUUUUGCAUUUGUUGGAGCGUGUUUGCUGGAGGCAGGCCCAGCGCGGGGUUGGUGGGUGGCUACACGGGACGGGGUGUUUGCUUCACAGAUAAGAAGCCUGGAAUUCCAGUUGCAGAUGUGGAAUUUGGCCUUGAAGGGGUAAGCUCUGGGUGCGGAGUUGUGCCAGGGUUAAGCUGACGUCUCGGAGCAGCUGGCAAAUCAGAGGCAUGGCUGGGUUUCUGUAUGCUGACCUAUCUUGGAGCAGGGGAGCAAAUGCUGCGUGCCAGGAGCUGGGGUUUGUCCUGGAACUCUAGUUACAGCCAGUGUAGUAGUGACUGACUUCUUUUAACUGUUUUAAGUGAAGUAGAGAGAAAGGGUUAAGCAAAACCGCUAAUGUUCAGAGAAGCUACUUGACAGGCAGCAUCUCGGUUAGCUGUGUGCUGACUGAAUUUGCAAUGCUAUCGUGUAGAAGUGAUUCCGUUGAAGGUGAUUAACGACCGAAAUGGGAAAAUCCAUGUGUUAAUCUGCCAAAAUCAGCACGUUGGGGUUUAAAGUUCUGUGUAAAGCAUUAGGGAAAGGUAGCUUCCAGUGAUAAGGAUCACGCCUUUCUUAUUUUUUGUUUUGUUUUGUUUUUAGUGAAUAGCAAGUGUAGAAAUUUUAAAGUCAUAUAAGUUGUGAACACUGGAAAACUCAAUUGUGAUCUAUACCGUAACCAUUCUUAGUGAUAUAAUGCUAGCGUUGCUGUUAGAAUGAAUGUAAGUGGCAGUUCGAAUAACUGUGAACGUUCUCAUCUUCUGAUUUCUUAUAAACCCUUGAUUUCAGAUAAACCCUUGGCGACUUUGGACUCAGUAGGCAUUCUCUAUCAACUGCUUUGAGAACACUCAUAUCUAUUUUUAUAAAUAUAUAUAUAAAGGCAGAGUUGUCAUUUCUCUAACUUAUUAUUCGGCUUGGCAAUCGCUUUGGUUUGAUUCAUAACACAAUAGGAUGUAUUUAUGCAGUUAACUGUUCAUUUCUACGCAUGUGUUACAUAUAUAUAUAUAUAUAUAUACACAUAUAUAUAAAAGAAACCAAAAUCAUUAUUCACUUUUAAAAGACCUGUACUGGGUUUGGGAGGUUUUUCUUUUUAAAUUUAGUAAAAAAGAAUCAUUGAUCACAUCUACAGUUUAGGGCUUACAGAACCCUUCUCCGUUUCUGGCCAUAACGCCGUUGUUUAUUGGAAUGCUAGAAGAGUUUUAAAAGUGUUAAGGUUCUGAAACGCAGUGAAUUCAAAGCUGAUUUUUAAUCGUUUUAAAGGAUAUAAAAAAAAUUACUGCAGUCAAACAGGAUGAAACGAACCUGUGUGGCUGUCGCAGAUGUUUAGGGCGCCGUGCUGUGAGGUUGGAUCUGCACUGGGAUGCCGAUGGCUGUUGUGAGCUGUUGGCUCUCAGAGGCUGAGUUACUUGGGAAGGAGUCGGUGCUGCUGCCAGUCUCUGGCCUCCCUGCUCAAGGCAGCGCCUGAACUCUGCUCCGUGCAGGCAUCCGCUUGCCCUGCAGCCCCCAGAAUCACCUUGGAGCGCUGGGAGGAUCUGAGGUUUUAAGAGUUGUGAAAUGCAACUUCAUUUAUUAGAUGGGGAGAAAAGAAAGAACUGCAGUUCAGUCUUACGAGGUGGUGGGAAAACUUGGCCGUGGAAAGGAAUGGAUGCUUUGUUCAUCCCAGGCUUGCGUUUCCCAGCAGCAGAUCUUGUACAGCAUGCACAAAAAAAUCUGUAACCCUGAUGGCUUUUUCCAGAAUAGUCAAACUUUUAUCAGAUUAAGGCGCUCAUCGUUAUUUAUUUAAUACCUGUGUGUGAGGAUUUCACAUUAGCGCUUCCCUUCUUCCCCCUCCUCCUUCCAUUUAUAACUGUGGGCUUUGGAUUUUUUUUCCUUUCUAUUCUUUUCUGUGGGAGGGGAGAUAACCAAGUCAGUAUAAAGGCUGUGAAAACCAUAGUUGUGUGUGCAAAAUUCUCCUGCGAUACUUUUACUAUGUGGCAAACACCUCACUCGGAGGGGCUGUGGGGGUUCUUCCCCUGGAGUGGGCUCGGGUGAGCUGCUGUCUCCCUGCCCACAAGGUUUGCCCGUUGUGACAUCCCGGAGGAAAGAAGGACGGUGCGAUUGUUGGAUGCUGGGACAGCUCGCUGCUCUUCUCCGAGCUGUGCCCGUUGAUCAGCAGAGGUGAGCCUGCUCCUCGCUCUGCAGCGAUGCUCCACGCGGGCUCGAAGUGGCAAAGAACAGUUGGUGGCUCCUCUGUGGCGAAAGCCCGACUUUUCCUGCUCUGCUGUUAUUCAAGAAGGUGCAAAUCUCACCCCACUGUUGGUUUUAGGAAGCGUGACUUGUUUGCGGAGCUCUUGGCUUUGAUUGGCUAUGAGUAGAGACUUGCCCAGUUAAGUUCUUCUCUAAAUUCCGGUGCGUGGAAAAGAUUGGGCUGCUCUCUUGUCCUUUUGUGGGGAAAGAGAAAUUGAUAUUUGCAUGCGAUAGUAAAAUGAAAAGCGCAAAAAAAAAA